GAUACAGUUGCCAAGAAACCUUAUAAUCCUAUUAUUGGUGAGACAUUUCAUUGUAGUUGGAUUAUUUCACCUCAUCAACUCAAUAGUGGAUCAUGUUUACCAGAAACAAACAGAGAUAAUAGUAAACUAUUAUCUAAUAACAAUAAACCUAUAGUUAUACGAUAUUGUGCUGAACAAGUUUCUCAUCAUCCACCUAUCUGCUUUCCAUUUUUAUUGUCCUGCAAAGAAAAUGGAAUUGACUGCAUCAAUAUACACUAA